AUGACCACUAAUCUCACCGCUAAAAAUCACCGUUUGAUGCUCAGUGAUGGGAACAGCAUCCCUGUGAUUGGACUUGGGACAUACUCCGACCCUAAAACGGUAAGAGCAUUUAUUACUUUUCUCCCUCUCGCAUGAAUAUGAACUCACCAUAGCGGUUCAUUGUUAAGGUUCUCUUUCUUGAAAGGAAGCGUCUCUGUCCCCCCCAGCUUCUUUUGAAACUUGUUUGGACUUAUAUUCUCCCCUCCCAUUUCAACCCCCUGCAUGCUUCCAACCCCCCUGAACUCGUUAAAAAUUAUCUUGCAGAGAUAUGAUCAGCCUUUAAGGGUUAAAUAUGGUGAACCAGUAAGCCAAUCUCUGGGGCCUCUUUUGCAAAAUUCAUUCAGCACAAAUCAAACAAGCCAGAACAUCAUGUGUAUUUAAACUUGGUUGUGGGUGUUUGCUGUUGACUCUGAUGUAAUUCAAGUGACUCUUAAGGCUACAUUCUUACACAUGUAGACUUGAGGGUUAAGCACCCUGAGGCGGCAAUGCUAAAUGCUCACUUACUUGGGAAUACUGUAAACCCCAGUGAAAGCUUUGUGCGUGAUAUCUAACUCGGCCACACUCCCACGGAAAGAAAUUAGUCCUAGAUUCUAAACGCAGUGAUUUCAGCGAGUGUGAUUUAGUGGGGUGGGGAAGUAAACCCCACCCAGUGGGGUUUACUUCUGAGUAAACCUGCCUAGGCUUGGACGCUGAUAGUGGGACUUUUCUUCUGAGUUUAAAUGUGCAAGAGAUUUGGCUGCAAGCCCGUUUAUAGAGUCGCGCUCUGCUCAAGUGUCGUUGAUAAAGAAUUGUGAGUUAAGGAAAGUACUCAUCUCUCACCUACAUAAAUCAGGGCGAUGGAUAAGUGCUCAAUGUUGGUUGGAUCGAUUGUGCAGAUAGAUGGCAGACCAGGGCUAAAGAUGGCUUUAGACUUGUAGGAUCGACUCUGUCUCUCACUGGGACCCCAAGACCCACCAGUCAGAGCUUGGGGCGAAAGACAUACAUACAGUUAGCACGGAAGCCCUGGGCACACUCCCCAGCCCAUGCUGAGCUCAGGGCUUUGUUUCCAUCGCCAGAACUGUACAGAGCUCACACAAAAGACUGGGGGUGGGAUAGCUCUCAGCAGCCUCUCUUAGGUGUUUCUAGCAGGACUCUGCUAGCAAUCACACACACUUACAUGGUUUUUAAAGGGGGGAAAGACACUCUGUGGCCACUGCUAACCUCCGAUGGCUGCAUUCUCCUUCCAUUGUUGGAUGCAUACCAUUCCGAUUCUUGGAAACCGCAGAAGGGGAGAGUGAUUUCCCCCCCUUUCUGCUAGUGCUCUGGUCCUGCUUGCAAGCUUCCCACAGGCAUCUGGGUGGUCACUACGAGGCGACAGGAUGCUGGACUAGAUGGGCCACUGAACUGAUCCAGGGGGUCUUCUUGUAUUCUUCAUGUUGUUUAGUCGUUUAUGUCCGACUCUUCAUGACCCCAUGGACCAGAGCACGCCAGGCACUCCUGUCUUCCACUGCCUCCCACAGUUUGGUCAAACUCAUGCUGGUAGCUUCGAGAACACUGUCCAACCAUCUCAUCCUCUGUCAUCUCCUUCUCCUUGUGCCCUCCAUCUUUCCCAACAUCAGGGUCUUUUCCAGGGAGUCUUCUCUUCUCAUGAGGUGGCCAAAGUAUUGGAGCCUCAGCUUCACGAUCUGUCCUUCCAGUGAGCACUCAGGGCUGAUUUCCUUCAGAAUGGAGAGGUUUGAUCUUCUUGCAGUCCAUGGGACUCUCAAGAGUCUCCUCCAGCACCAUAAUUCAAAAGCAUCAAUUCUCCUUGUAUUCUUGCCUCCCAACAAAUCCCACCUAUUCACUCCUGCUGUAGAUCAGGGGUAGGCAGAUUUUAGCCUGAUAAAAACUUGAAACUCAAGAGCUAUACAUUGGAGCCAGAUACAACACACACACUAACGGAUAGAAUUACAGAGCAGGGUGCGUAUAAGUAGGGGCUGAGCCCAGGAGCUCCCCCCCCACCUGCCCCCAGUUACCGGGACUGAUCUGCACUCCCUCGAAAGUCCCCACCUGGUUUUCCUUGCAGAGUUAUUUAAGGGAAGGGCAAUGCAAGAGCAGUUGCUAUGUAUGCAGAAGGUCGCAGGUUCAAUUCCUGGUGUCUCCAGGUAGGACUGGGAGGGAGGUUGCCUGAACCCCAGAGAGCCCCUGCCAGCCAGCGUAGACCAGUAGUUCCCAAUGCUUCCCUCCAAUGCAACCUUCCUCCCAGUCCUAAUGCAACCUCCCUCCCAGUCCUACCAUGGACCACUUGAAAAUUGCUGAUGGUCCUGGUGGACCAGUUUUUUCUGCAUGUCGAGGCAAUUCAAAGAAUCAUAGAAUUGCAGAGUUGGAAGGGACCCCCAGGACCACCUGGUCCAACCCCCCUGUAAUGCAGGAAUAUGCAGCUGACCCUGGGCCACUUAGUCUUUCAGCCGAGCCUACCUCACAGGGUACUUGUGUGCAUAGAAUGGGGAGGAGGAGAAUAACCAUGUAUGCCACCCUUGAGCUUCUUGCAGAAAAGGGGGGGGGCACAGAAAUGUAAUGAAGUACAUCAAUGAAAUAAGGAACGCUCUGUUUCUAUUGCUAGAUGUCCUAGGACAGGCAUCCCCAACCUGCGGCCCUCCAGAUGUUUUGGCCUACAACUCCCAUGAUCCCUAACUAACAGGACCAGUGGUCAGGGAUGAUGGGAAUUGUAGUCCAAAACAUCUGGAGGGCCGCAGGUUGGGGAUGCUUGUCCUAGGACUCCAGAAUCAAAAGGAAGCCUGCAUUCAGGCACAAGGCAAGGUGAGAUGACCAGCUCAGGCAGCAAGGAUCCACAGGGACAGCUGAUCCCAGUAUAGAUCUUUAUUCCACCCAGCCAGCUAUUCCUGAUGUAGUUAUUCACUCACCCCUUCUUCCCUGGUGAGAAGGGGGAGCGCCAUUUUGUUUUCCACCUCGGGCACCAGAAUGUCUUGGACCCAGCCCCUGAUUGCAAGGGGAGCCAAUAUGGUUCCCUCCAAGAGCUGGAGUACAACUUCCCCACAUCCCUGGCCGUUGGCUAUGCUGACUUGCUCACCAACAUCUGGAGGAACAAAGCCAGAGGCCUGCUGAUGUGCAUAUUAUCGCAGCCUUGACAAUGAUUUGAUUGCAAGGUGGGGGUCUAACUCUUCAAAAUAGCUAAAUAAAUUCCAUAUAUGCAUGAAAGCAAGUCCCAAGGCAGGAAGCAAAGCUUAAUUCUGAGUAAAUAUAUGAAGGAUCAGGCGGCACAUGUUUGUUCAGCCUUGGAAUUUUUCUCCAAAGGAGGGAAAGGGAAUCCUUUUGUUUGCCGGCUGGUGUUCCAUCAUGCAUGUGCAAUACAACAUGAGAGAAGGAGCUUUGUCAGAUGAAGGGCUUCUACGUGUCCAGACAAUAAGGUUAUUCAGUUCUGAAUGGUUAAAACCUGUUAUUUUGUAACAUUUUUUAAGGUCAGCUCAUCUCUCUUAGUACAGUCCGGUACUUUUCUUAUCCCUUGACUACUCACGCGGCAUUUGAUGACAGAGUUGUUGUGAAGAUAAAAAUGGAGAGGGGGAGAACGAUGUAGAUAAUUCCUUGAUCUCUUUGCGGGAAAGGCAGGCUACAAAAUGUAUUUAUUUCUUUGUCAUCCCCCCCCCAAAAAAACCCAUUUAUAAACAGCUUCAUAGUUUAAAACUCUUUAAGUGGUAAAUGUGAGAGAGAUAAGUGAAUAAGGAUGGCUGAGAAUUCCGUUGGUAAGAGAAAUAGGUGUGGAAAUUGCCUCGAUUGGCAUGUCAGCCCAAGGACGCCCUUGCUAACCCGAGGUCACAAAGUGAACUCGGUGGGAACCGAAUGGGAUUGUAUGACUCCCUAGCCCUAGACGUGCUUUCUAAGGUUUGCUGCCUGCCAAUCCUGCUGCACUGAACAAAUAUAAAAGAUGAAGAAAUGUGCCGGAGCCUCUCGCAGCUGGCUCUGAUGCAUUCAAAGGAAUGCCCCUGGAACAAAAGCCCAGAUUCCAUCACCCCAAUUGCUGGGGCUCCUCAAACUGAGUGCCAAAACCAACUGUCGGAAGACGCCAAGGCAUCUGUGUGUGCCUCUUGAUGUGGUGCACUGGGCAUUAGAGUUUAUCUUCAUCUUUGGACAGCCUUAAUAUCUACCAAAGCAUACCUGAUGCUCACAGGCUGAUUCUUUCAGCCCAUGUUUGCUUAGCACUAAGGUGGGCCAUACUGGGGUGGGAGGGCGAGGGAGGAGAGUGGAUAGGAUGGUCUGUACUACUCUUGGCUACUAAUUUUCUGAAUGCUCUCCUACUUUAUGUAUUAAAACUUUCCUGUGGAUACUGACAAACCAACAUCUGUUUGACCAUUAUUCUCGUUUCCCAUUUUCAGAAGACUCUUUUAAAAAAAAGGGAGUCUUCAAAAAUGCUUCAGGUUUGCAGAACAUCUGGGUGAUGCCAUAUUUUGCAUGAUAUUUCGUCCCAGUAAUGUUGCGCAGCUCCCCCCCAAAAAAACUGGGCACGCUCCAGAGGUUGUUGGACUCCAAAUCCCAUCAGCCCCAGCCAGCAUGGCCAACAGUCAGGGAUGAUGGUAACUGGAGUCUAGCACCACCUGGAGGGGAGAUGCUGCCCCUUCAUGUGCCUGAAAUAAAUGCAUAUUCUCCCCAUGCAAACCCUUUCCCCUGUGACUUUUCAUGUUGCAGUUUGGACCGCGAAGCUCCUUGGCCCAGGGGCUUGCCCAGCAGUGUUUUCCUAAGAUAUUAUGCACUCUGAUGGUACUACAUCAGUGGUGGGGAAACUCUGGCUCUAGGGCCAAACAUGGCCCCCUGGGCCUCUCUAUCUGGCCCUCAAAAGUCUCCCCAAGGCACCCCUCUCUCUGGGCCUGCUUUCUCAGGCUAAACAUAGCCAGUUCCUUCACUUGAUCUUCAUAGGACAUGUUUUCCAUACCGCUGGCUACCCUUAGCAGUUGUGCAAGGUUUGCAGUCCAUAUAAACACAUCAUGAAUCAUCUAUUCUUGGGGUCUGUGGGCAAGUAAAACUUGCAAAUCAUUGUAGUUCUAUUUCUGUAAUGGUGUGAAUCAGCAAGUUACCCCAUCAACUUGCAUUUCUUGUUUAUAUAUAAAAUCAUAGAAUUGUAGAGUUGGAAGGGACACCGAGGGUCUUCUAACUCAACCACCUGCAAUGCAGGAAUCUCAGCUAAAGCAUCCAUGAGAGAUGACCAUCCAACCUCCAAGGAAGUCUACCAGCUUCCAAGGGAUACUGUUCUACUGUCAAACAGCUCUUCCUGUCAGAAACUUGUUCCUGAUGUUUAGAAUCUCUUUCCUUGUAACUUGAAGCCAUUGGUUUGAGUCCUACAAGCUUGUUCCCUCUUCCAUAUGACAGCCCUUGAGAUUUUUGAAGAUGGCUAUGAUAUCUCCUCUUAGUCUCCACUUUUCCAGGCUAUACAUACCCAGCUCCUUCAAGUGCUCACCAUAAGGCUUGGUUUCCAGACCCUUGAUCAUCUUGGUUGCCCUCCUCUGCACAUGUUCCAGCUUGUCAACAUCCUUCUUAAAUUGUGGUGCCCAGAACCAAACACAGUACUCCAGGUAUGGUCUGACUAAAGCAGAAUAGAGUGGUGCUAUGACUUCCCUUGAUCUGGACACUAUACUUCUGUUGAUGCAGCCUAGAAUAGCAUUCACUUUUUUUGCUGCUGCUUCACACUCUUGACUCAUGUUGAGCUUGUGAUCCAUUAAGACCCCUAGAUCCUUUUCAUAUGUCCUACUAGUAAGCUAGGUGUUCCCCAUCUUAUAUGUGUAUCUGGUUCUUCCUGCCUAAGUGAAGAACCUUACAUUUGUCCCUAUUGAAAUUCAUUUUAUUAUAACCUACCACAAUCUCUUGGCAAAACAGGCAAGACCAAAGUGAGGAGGGGUACCCACAAUAUUGAGCUUCAGACUAAAAGCUUGGGGGCAGUGGGAGGGUAAGGCCAAUUUAAAUGCCUGAUCCUUAUAUAUGAACCAGGGAUACUCCGAGUGAAAAAUCACUGUCCUCUAUGUCAGCAAUAAGGUGUGUGUUCUGAAACAAUGGCUCAAUAAGUAAGACUAAAGGCAAGAAGGUCAUUGGAAUACAUACCUUGGAAGCUGAACUGGGGGGCAAGGGGCAGGGGGGUGAUCCUAGCUGGGUUCCCACUCACCCAACCUCAGCGGGAAACACUCCACCUACAGCCAUGGUUCUCAAACUUUUUUUCUCUGAACCACACUUUGAGAAUAAUUUUUUUUCUUGCAUCCCACUGAUUUUUUUCUAUUGGCAAGAACUACAUUGGAAAACAAAAAGAAGCAACUCCUAGCCGUUCUUGAUUUAUAACAUAGAACAACAGCUUCUUUAUAAUGUGAUUGUAGGACAACCAGAAAGUAUAAAACAAUGUAACUAUAUAAGAACAUGAACUCGUGAGGGAAAUUAUCAGGGAUAAAACUCGAAGCAGAGUCUGUGCCUGCCUUUGGCUCCAAUUCCUACAUAUGAGUCCUGACCUGCCCCAAGAGACACCAACCACAACUGUUAUAAGAAGGUGGAAGGUUGGCAGCUUUAAAAGGGUGUGUGGGCCAAUGUGGUGUGGUGGUUAAGAGCGGUGGACUCAUAAUCUGGUGAACCGGGUUCACUUCCCUGCUCCUCCACCUGCAGCUGCUGGGUGACCUUGGGCUAGUCACACUUCUCUGAAGUCUCUUAGCCUCACUCACCUCACAGAGUGUUUGUUGUGGGGGAGGAAGGGAAAGGAAAAUGUUAGCCGCUUUGAGACUCCCUUGGGUAGUGAUAAAGCGGGAUAUCAAAUCCAAACUCUUCUUCUUCUACUCUCUUCAGAUCAAGUUCACUUGUUCCUCCAGUAUUAUUAUCAGUAAUAAAUAUUUCCAUCCCAUCCUACCUCUGCUUUAGUGGUGUAGAGCCAGUGUGGUAUAGUGGUUAAGAGCAGUAGACUCGUAAUCUGGUGAACCGGGUUCGCGUCCCUGCUCCUCCACCUGCAGCUGCUGGGUGACCUUGGGCCAGUCACACUUCUCUGAAGUCUCUCAGCCUCACUCACCUCACAGAGUGUUUGUUGUGGGAGAGGAAGGGAAAGGAGAAUGUUAGCUGCUUUGAGACUCCUUAGGGUAGGGAUAAAGCAGGAUAGCAAAUCCAAACUCUUCUUCUUUAAGCAGCCAGAUGCAUCACUCACGCCCUUGGCAAGGAGCUGUAUUGCCGCUCCACCCAAAAAAAUUACUUUGCCACAAUAGCCAUAUUAGAAAUUACUACAUUUUACGUGUCCCAAGUACUUGAAGUGCCCAGGCUAAGAAUGAAGAGCAAAAAACUUAAAAUAAUGCAUGCCUUUGUGUGGGAAGAUUGGGAAACCUCUCUGACAUUUUAUCUUGCCACAACAGUGGUGGUUUUGUUGCCCCACACGUAUGCUUCAUACACCUCAUAUUGUAAUAGGUGAUUUUUGCAAAAACAAAACCCUGGGUUUGUGCCCCUGUCUGCUGCCCUUAUCUUAAAAAAGGGAGUGGCCUUAAAGAAUUUGGGCGCAAUAGAAAUUUCUGUGGUGGUCUCUGUGAGGCAAGGCAUUCCACCAUCUAGGCCUAGCCACAGAGAGAAGGCCCUUUCCCACGGCCCAGCCAGUGCUGCCUCAGGCACUGUCAAGACACAAAGAAGAGUCUUCACAGCAGAUAUUGUGGAAAGGAGAUGGGCCGUGGGUGGCGGUUCAUUAGGGCAAAUGGGGUGCUGCCCCACCAACCUUGGCCAACCCUCCCUUGCCUUGCCUUAUUAUUGCUUACACCCAGUCCAGGGGGGUGGGCCCUGGCUGUCAGUUGCUUCUGCCUUAAUCUCUGUAUUGCUGCUGUGGAUAGGGACAAAACUAGAGUAAGCUGGCCGUGCCCAUCAUUGAUUCUUGACUCCAUCUGCUCUUGACUUCCGUUCCUUCCACCUCCCAGCCCUAAUGGGCCCCAGUCCCCACUGUGGGCAGCUUCACGGUACUUUUAUUGGGACUGAAUAUAUUUUUGUUUAUUCCAUCUUCUAGGCUUUGUAGCCUCCAAAGGUGGCACAAAAAGCAACCAGUGAAACAAAGAUUUUAUUUAUUUUGUUAUUUAGUUAGCUUUUGAAACCAUAAAGCAAAACCAACAGCAACAUUAAGUAGCAUUAAUAUAACGGCAGUAGAGAAAACUAUUAUUGAAACAUAAGCCGACUAGAAUGAAACAAAGUAUUUAGGGCUCUUCUGAAAACCAACUAAGAGAUACAUAUAUUCCACAGAUACAUAUAUAUUUGGAACAGACACAGAUGAGGAGCCACCAAGGAGAAGGCCCUGGAACUCACUAACCCAAUAGCUCUCACCAAAUUAUGGGCUGUUUGUUGCAAAUUUUAAGGCUCAGGUGGGUACAGAUGGGUAUAUGUGGUCCCUUGAGUAUCCUGACUAUUUAAAUGGGAUCACCAACACUUUUGAAUGUUUGCACAGAAAUGAACUUGCAGUCAAUGCAGCUGUUGCAAACUGGGUAUAAUAUGCUCACCUAUGGGUAAGCUAGCACUCGCAUUCUUGCUGCCUGGUUCUGGACCAAUCAGAUUUUCCAUUUGGUUGCCACAUGUAGAUCACGCUGCAAUAAACACAAUUCCAAUCUGAAAGUAACAAAAAUGUGUGCCAUGAGAUAUUGAUCGGUCACCUUGACCAUGGAUUGGAGAGAGUUGGGUAGUGGUUUUCAUUAGGAACCCGAGUUUGAAAGGGGAAUUUUUCUUCUAGCAAUCAUUAUUGGGAAAAGAAGAGACCAAGACGUGAAAUCGGAGGAAAGGGAACUGUUUUGAAGAAUGUUUCUUGUCCUCCUUAUACUGGAAAUGUCACACAAGAAUGCCUAAUGGAAAGUUAAGCCUGCUUUUUUGCAUACGAACAGGAAUAAUAGAAUCAAAGCACUGGAACCUGGGAAAGAUCUUAGAAUAGUCUAAACCAGCCCCCUGAACUGAGGAGGACUUUAUUAUUAUAGAUUAAUCAUUCUUGACAGAUGUUUAUCUACCCACCUCUUCAAAAGCUAAAAUUGAUUUCCCCCCAUCUGCCUUAAAACUAUUUGUUUAAACAAGCACCAAGUAUGGCAUUUAGGAAUGUCUUCAUAGUAUUGAACCCAUUUCUACUUUCUGCAACUUUUGAAUGUUGGAGGAUUUUGUUUAAAAAACUGUGGCUGAGGGAGGGGAGUGUGCUAGAGCCACAGUAAACAGCGAUGCAAAUGCAACCUUAAUUUUCUAGGUUGGAAGAACAAGCACCACCACCCUUUCCUCAGUGGUCUGAAGAUCUUACUACCCUUUCUACAUUUGAAUGUAUAUCUUACAAUUAUCUAUCUCGUUUAGAGACCUAUUUGGACAUAUGAAUGGUAUUGGACAUAUGAAUCACAUUACAUUUACACCACUUGGAAGGGGGGUGGUCACCAACCUUUUUGGGCUCAUGGGUACAUCUGCAAACUGGAAAAACGGUCAUGGACACCACAUAUACACCCACCUCCAAACUACAUCCAAGCAUGCACCACAACCUAGUCUAUUGGCUACAAGAGGAUGCUUAAUCUAAUUUCAGCAGGGGGAAGGGAACCCUGCGGGUACCAGGGAAGGCUCUUGCUGGUACAUAUGCACCCCUGAGCACCAUGUUGGUGACCCCUGACUUAGAAGACAUCGAUCCCAUUUUCAUGGCUGUGAUUGACAUUGCAAGGGAGCAAGGCUUAAUCGUCAGGUCUCCUAAUCAAGGCAGCUCUAUUUAGCUCAGAGGGAACAAGACAUGCUUGCAUUUGUUCCACCUUUGCAAGAGAUGCUUCAGGAAUCAAUUUCUAUGUGUUCCCCACUGUGAUUCCACCAUUGCAUUUUCAUACCUUACAAUUUAAGACUCAGUUUGAAGCAUGCUUGCUUAGGAGGUAAAUCUGGGUGAAAUCAAUGGGACUUAAUUCCAAAUACACAGAAUUAAGACCUGGCUGUGAAAAUAGACUUCUUUUUUGAGAACUAAUCUUCAUGGAAUAGUUGAAAAUUCAGAUUUUUAAGAGGAUGUCCCUAACAGAGGUUAAUUUCAAUACGGUUAUCAGUCAAGCCAACUAAGCACAGGUUGUUGGUUUUUGGGGGGCAGGGGGCAGGGCUAGAAUUCUGGUUCAGAACUGGGAGGUCGGAUGAAAGUGUGCAAUCCAUAGUUAAGCCCCUAGCUAUGUUGUAUCUGCAGUAGUUCUCCCUGGCAAGUGAAUUGUGGUAUUUGGCACAACUGCACAUGGCGAAAACUUAUUUCUGAAAUUAAAAUUCCUGUCUCGUUCAGGUUCAAAGACCAUGCAACUGUUUUUAAUGAGAUUUGCAAUGUGGUAUUGAAGACUGAGAUACUCAAUAUUUUCAAAGGGGGGGGGAAGGAAAUUUGCCAUAUUUGAAGUGAGGCCUCCUGAGCACUACAGCACUCUCCCUUCCUAUGGAUUUCAGCAACCGGUAUUCAGAGGCAUAUCGUCUCCUACCCCCACUGUUGAACAGCCAUUGUGGCUAAAAUGUGGCAUUUUAGCCUUCUACAAAGCUUUAUAAACAUGCAAAAACUACAGGCCUUAACGGUAAGGCCUUGGAGUUUUGCAUUCUUCAGCUACCUUUUUCCUCUUUUAAGCUCAGUAUUUUUUUUAAUCAAUAUUUGAGAUAUUCGUUCAUUUGCAUUUCACUUGCUGCAUUCUUAUCUCUGGAAGAGUCAAAACAGAUUUUGAAUAGGGAAGGGACUUGGUUCAGCUAGUUUUCUCAAUAUUGCUUGCUAGCAUGGCAUGUAGAAUAUACCGUAUUUUUCCAUGUAUAAGACUAGGUUCCCCCCCUAAAAAAUAAUGUCAAAAAUAUUAUACAUGGAUAUUGCCGAGGGUGGACUGGCCAUUGGUUGUUGCCACAACAAUAGGGGGCGUCUUAUACAUGGAGGCAUUUUAUAGAUGGAAAAAUACGGUAUUUGCAGCUUCAGUGCAGUUUUAUUGAGGGUCACAGGUAGGGAACUCCUGCCUGAUUUGAAUUCAAAUGCCUUGUUUUAGUGAAAAGUAAUUAUUUAAGAAGCACUGACAUAACAUCUGGACUUCAGGUAGUUCAUUAUUCAAGACUGAUGAUCCAAUACAUUUUUAUUUUAUUUUUUAUUUUAUAAAAAAGGGAUUAUUGAUUCAAUUACUUCAGAGAAAAUUUCAGGAGGCUUUUGACAUCCUGCCCACUCACCUCCUCUCUGACUUCUUCUCUUCUCUUUCGGGACAAACUCUGAUAGAUUGGUCACGUCAACUAGUUUGUUAAGGGUGCAGGGGACUAUGAGAGUCUCCUAACCACUCUCAGCACACUUUAAAAAAUCUACAGUUCCCAGAAUUCUUUUGGGGCAAGCCGUGCCUGUUUUAAAGUAGUAUACGUGUGUUUUAGAUGCAAAGUUAGGUCCUUUAAAAUGUACAGUUCUCGGAAUUUUCCAAGACAGUUUUUCAGCCAAGUAGUGUGUACACAAAUGUAUAUGCUGGGAUAAAGUGUGCAUAAAAAUACAUAUACACAAAUACACAACAUGGGGAAAUGCAUUAUAUUAGGGGAAAGUGCUUUGCCAGUGUGGUGUAGUGGUUAAGAGCGGGGGACUCAUAAUCUGGUGAACCGGAUUUGAUUCCCUGCUCCUCCACAUGCAGCUGCUGGGUGACCUUGGGCUAGUCACACUUCUCUGAAGUCUCUCAGCCUCACUUACCUCAUAGAGCGUUUGUUGUGAGGGAGGAGGGGAAAUGAGAUUGUUAGCCGCUUUGAGACUCCUUCGGGUAGUGAUAAAGCGGGAUAUCAAAUCCAAACUCCUCCUCCUUCUCCUCCUCUUCUUCUGCAAUUGCAUACAAACAUAUAUAUGUUAGGAGAAAUGUGCACUAAAAUACCAAUGGCUUAAAAAACCCGGAACUGAUGUGGAAAUGUGGAAACCAAAUUUAAGAAUGUAUAACUGAGAAACUGAAAUUGCCAUAUUCACCCAUCUCUACUGGAAGAGGCUUAUUAUAACUGGCCAAUUCACUUGCUGUAUAUACCGCUUUAUUACUUCUGUAUUUCCGGUGUUCCAUGUAUUUUAAAGUGUGUGUUUGAUCUGCCUUCACUUCCUCCCCAUCAUCUGAAAAGAUGCAUGCGUUCCAAGGGUUGGGCAUUUUCUUUUGUCCAUAUUUCCACCCUACUUCACCAGAUAUACUCGCAGAACUGCUAACAAAACAAAACAAAACCCACCAGUCCUCUGGUAUUUGCUCAGGAAGGAGAUCAAAGCAUUUAUAACUGUAAGAAAUGAAGGGGGAUGAAAGUCUAACUUGGAAUCUCAGGAGGUUUUUGGGGAUCUGGGCAUCAUUUUGUGCUAAUCAGCCCCAGCUGUUAGGCCUCAAAGUCAAGGGCUUAUGGCUUCAGGUGGGGUAUUAGAAGAAUAAAAAAGGCAAAGGCAACUUCUUUCAUGAAAGAAAUGUUGGCAAUAAGCUAUAAACUGUGAGGUUGGAAAGAACAGGAUUAUAGAGUGGGAAAAUGUUGCAAAAUAACAUUUCCCCUUCUAUUUAAGGAGUCACACUUUUAAGAGAAUGUUUCCCAGAGAACGCCAAAACCUUCAGAUCCACAGCUUAAAAUGGUCAAUUUUAAACUGGCUAAUUGGUGCCAUUAAGUAACCAAACAAUUAAACCCAUGUGCACAACGGAUAAUUGGUGUCAUUGUCACACGUGCGCAUUCCCUUAUCUUUAGGCGCAUUAGUUGUUCUGCCCUUAAGCAGGACGGAACGACCCUUUCCAUGUACAAUUGCGACAUGGUGGACCUGCCACAGUUUUGGCACGAAAACUUAGGAAGAGAGCUACUGGAUCCAAAUAAGAAUCGGAAACUAGGAAGUUGCCUAACACCAAAUCAGGCCUUUGCUCCAUCUAGCUCAAUAUUGCCUGCUAAUGAAGGAAUGGCUUUCCCAAACCCAAAACUGACUGUGCACUUUGACAGGCAGCAGCUUUCCAGGGUUUCAGAUGAUGAGAGUCUCUUCCAGCCCUACUGGGAGGUGCUGAGGUUUGAAGUGGGAACCUCCUGCGUACAAAGCAGAUGGUCUGCCACUCAGUUAUAGAAAACAAUAGAAAAAUUACAUCCAGAAGUAUUUCCAGUUUUUGUUUGCUUUUAAUCAAUUUGGACACAUACAGGCUCCAAAAUGUUUCAGAUUUAGAGUGCUCUGUACAUCCAAGCUGUCAGCAAGUCUUUGAAGUACAAAACGAGGAGUGCCCUUUCCCCCCUUAAUUUUCUCUCUAGAAGACUGGGUUUUGCAGCAGUAACCUGCAGACCUUCAAAAGGAAGGCUGCAUGUGAUGGGGUUGGGGUUUAAAUCAGUAUACCGUAUUUUUUGCUCCAUAAGACGCACCUAGUUUUUGGAGGAGGAUCUGAUGGUGAAUUUGGGGUGACCCAGUGCAAAAAUCCUGAGGAUCCAUGUGGAUCCGUGCUUUGUAACCUCAUUUUUGCACCAUUGCAGCCCCAGGAAACAGUGGAUGUGUGAUUUUUUUGGUGCAGGCUGUAGCCAUGGACAUGCUAUGUGAUCUGAUGGUGAAUUUGGGGUGACUCAAUGUAAAAAUCCUGAGGAUCCAUGGGCUUUUACCUCCCCCUCCCAGGCAGCCUCCGCUAGCGUCCCUUAUCUCUCUUCGGAUCCCACCACUCCCUUCCCUCUUGUUUGCCUUACUGUCUUUUCCUUAGCUGGAGCAGUUUUUUGCUCCUCCUUUUCUUCUAAUUUCUCUCCUUAUUGCUUUAGUCUUCCUGUUUCCCCCCCUUUGCAAGUUUGCUAUCUUUACCUCCCCCCCUCCCAGGCAACCUCCUUUAUCUCUAUUUUUUUUUAAAAAAAAAUAAUAUUUAUUAAAGUUUCAAAGGAAAAAAAGAUCACAUUAAUAAAAAAAAAUUAACAAUAAAAAGGAAAAAUACAAAGUAGAAAAAAAGAAAAAACAGUUAAAAACAAUUCCAUCUUUUCCUCACUUCUUUUACGUUUACUUGUUUCCCGGACCUCCUCAUACCUCCCUCUUUUGUAUUCUAAUUCAAUUUGUUAAUCCAACAAUUCCUUUCCCUCCUUUUUAAUCCUAAUCCUUAGUCUUGAUAUAUUGUAACGUUAGAUUUUUACAUAUUAAAAACCAAUUUUUCCAUAUUCUUUUGUACCUAUACAGCUAGAAACCACUUAACUUCAAUCCAACAUCAUUCUAACAUUCAUUAAUUUUACAAUAUUUCUGUAAAUAGUCUUUAAAUUUCUUCCAAUCUUCUUCCACCGACUCUUCUCCCUGGUCACGGAUUCUGCCAGUCAUUUCUGCCAAUUCCAUAUAGUCCAUUAAUUUAAUCUGCCAUUCCUCCAGUGUGGGUAAAUCUUGUGUCUUAACCUCCUUUAUCUCUAGAGUCCCUUAUCUCUCUCCCCACAAACGAUCAGCAGCUUUGUUUCAACACUCACUUUCCUCUUUCAAGAAAAGAAAAGAAAAGAAAAGAAAAGAAAAGAAAAGAAAAGAAAAGCAUGAUCUGCUUUUUGCCCCUAGGCAAUUUGGCUCCAGGGACCACACAUUCGCACCAUAAGAUGCACAGACAUUUCCCCUUACUUUUUAGGAAGAAAAAAAGUGCUUCUUGUGGAGCAAAAAAUACGGUAUCUCUCUUUUAAAUUGGUAUAUCUUUUCUGAAAAGUUACAGACAGUCCUUGGAACCGCCAACCCUGCAAUUUUGUACGAGUCUCAGGGAAAUAGCCAUGUUGCACUUAGCCAACAACAACAGCCAAAGGCUUACUUUGCCUUAGCCAAAUUCUACAAAGCCACAUAACUGGAUGGCACUAUAUCUUUGGUUAUGCAAACUAAGUUGAUAUUAUGGGAAUAAUCAAGGUGCACAUGGUUCAAAAUCUACAUGCUGGUGCUGCUCAUUCACCAAAGGAAACAGCCCUUUUCUCUGUUCACCCAAUCACAGCGCUGGACAGAAGACAAGAUGCAUUGUGUUCUUUUCCUAUGGUUAGUUUUUAAAGCUAUAAAGGCCUGUCUGGGUUUCUUCUUUUGUUUCUGUUUUCGGAUCAGAAAGGCAAGGUUAGGAAGGAAGUUGCCAUAUACUCAAUCAGACCACUGGGCCAUCUAAUUUGGCACCCCAGGAGUUCCCAAACUUGGGUCUCCAGCUGUUUUUGGACUACAGUUCCCAUAAUCCCUGACCUGUUAGCUAGGGGUGAUGGGAGUUGUAGUCCAAAACCAGCUGGAGACCCAAAUUUGGGAAACACUGGUCUAUACUUGCUCUCAGGAUUUCAGAUGGGGGUCUUUCCCGGCCUUUCCUGGAGAUUCACAGAUUUUAACCUGGGACCUUCUGUGUGCAAAGCGGAUGCUCUUCCGUGGAGCUAUGUCACUUCUCCUAAAGACUGUUUUUGGAUGCCAACUCCCAUCAGCCCAAGGCAGCAGAGCCCAAUAGUCAGAUGAUGCAAGCUGUGGAUCACCAGCUUCACCAAAGAUUCCCCAUCUCUGGUAUGAACAGAUAGCAUUUGCUCUGAGCUCCACUCAUAGUCCCUCCUGGACCACCCCUACCUAGAUUGACCUUUGACCCAGAGAACUCUUCCCCUGAUGGCAGGGGGUUGGACUCGAUGGCCCUUGUGGUCUCUUCCAACUCUAUGAUUCUAUGAGUACCACUUUUAAUUUUGGGGUGACGUGGCCCCUUCUGUUGGGAUGGGAACAUUGCAUAUGGAAGGUUCAAGAGUCAGCAGAUACUUAGCAAAGUUCUCUCUUGAGACCCUGGAGAGCCACAGCCAAUCAGAGCAAGUCAGCCGCUAUGCCUGGCCGACCAAUGGUCAGUCUCAGAAAACUGUGAAGCCAUUGCAGUGGAGCAGUGAGAGUGGGCGGAAGCGGGUUCAAAUUCCCACUCAGCCAUGAAGCUUGCUGUGUGACCUUGGUCCAGACAUUAUAUCUCCACCUAAGCUACCUCACAAGGUGGUUGUGAGGGUUACAUUGGGGCAGGAAGAGAACCAUAGACAAUGUCUCAGUCACCUUGGAGGGAGAACAGUGUAUCAAUGUAAUAAACUCAAUAUAAUCCAGGUUCAUAUGUUUCCUACCUUAAGGGGCACCACUGGGCUGCAUCCUAGCUCUGAAGGAAGACGCCAUCUUGGAAGGCACAGCAAUGUGUGUCCUAGAUAGAUGGUUUGUAUCAUAUACUCAUCACCCCAGUUACCACUUCUCUUUUAUCUGCUGUUUCUGAGUUCCUUCUUUCCUUAGAUUUAUUUUUGCUCGUUUCUUGACGCCUACAUUACUUAAGGAAGGCUGCCAGCAUUAUUAUUCCCUCCCUCUCCUUAAAAGCUGAGUGUGUUCUGGUGCUUUGGUGUUUUCUAGGAAAUACAACAUCUCACCUUUUGCCAGAUGGAAAUUCUGGGAAUGCUCCCUCGUGUAACUUGCAUCUUCAGAGUUCUGCUAAAAAAUAAAACCUGAGCUGCCUCGUCUGUAACAUCUCAAAACGCUUUAGGCACUUUCUGUGACCUGCUCUUAUACCCCUCAGAUUUUGGUUCUGGUGUUAAGUGGUUUGCCCAUUUAUUUAUUCCAGUCUGCAUUUGGGUGUUAUGACGGUGUUUGAGAACUGUCUUCUCUGCAUUUGAAUGUUAAGUGUGUUUAUUGCUAUUUUAAAUCUUGGAUUUUAAUGUCUGUAUUUUAUUGAGGUGGUGUAGCCUACUUUAAAGGCACACUUUAAAACCAUUCAUUAAUCAAUUGUCAUUAUUCUAAUUAAGAAUAAAGAAAGUUCACCUUCUAUAAACUUCAUUUAUAAAUGUGGUGGAAUAAUAGUAAUAAUAGUUAUUGAUAAUAAUAAUUUCCAAGUAACACUUUAAGGAGGAGACAUUAUAGGAUUUCACUGUAAAACUCAUUGAUAGCUAUAGUGGUUCCUGCUGGUUGUGGUGUGGAGGAUUCCAGUGAAAAUGUCACAAAAUAGUGAGCAAGCCUUUGAGUUUCUCCAGAGCUGUUAAUCAGGCUAGAAUGUUAAGGGAAAAUGAGAUGAUGAUAAACACAGGAUGUCUGCAGAUUGAAACAUGCUUAAGGUGAAUGCUGGAUCGUUGGCAUCAAAGUACCAAUACAUUUCCCCCCACCCUCUUUAAUUUGGAUUUUCCCUUUCACAGGACAAUCAAAUAAACUAAACUAAACAAAACAAAACAAACAAACAAACCCAGCCCCAACUACAGUCGUACCUUGGAAGCCAAACACUUUGUCACUCGGACAUUUUGACUCCCAAACGCCGCAAACCUGGAAGUGAGUGUUCCAGUUUGUGAACGUUCUUUUGGAACCCGAACGUGCGGUGUGGCUUCCGAUUGGCUGCAGGAGCUUCAUGUAGCCAAUCAGAAGCCGUGCCUUGCUUUCUGAAUGUUUUGGAAGGCAAACAAACUUCUGGAACAGAUUCCGUUCGGCUUCCAAGGUACCACUAUACUGCCAAUUGUGGGAUACGUAGUUGCUUAGCUUCUGUUUCCCAGUUUACAUAACUACAUGUUCAAUAAAGGUUCAUGCUGUUAUCACUGUGUCCUGCCUUGUGGCAACCCGCCUACACUUCAGGCCGGUCACCUUCUCUCAACCUAAACUAUCUUGCAGAGUUGUGGUGAUCAUGAAAUGAGGAAGCGAAGCACCAUCUACAUCUGCUUAAGUUCCUUGGAGGAAAAGUCGAAUAUAAAGUAAUAAACAUAUAGGCCAGAUAUAAGUUCUCCAAACUUCUGUUCUGUAAAGCCUCUGGAGCUAUAUUUCAAUAUGCCCUUUUUUUUGUUUUUAGCAGGCUUGCAUUUAAAUGUGGCUUGAUUGGUAUCCUAAGUUCAUUUCCGUGACUUGUUCCUUUUGUGGCUUUAGCCAUUCUUUUGCAGGGGGCAGGCGGCUGUGGAGGUUGAAAGGAGGUAUAAAUACAAAAAUAAAGCUCCCCCCCCCCACUUCUCUCUCCUGAUUGGCAGACCCCCAAAGGCACUUGUGCCGAAUCUGUGAAAACCGCCAUUGAUGCAGGUUACCGCCACAUUGACGGUGCUUUUGUGUAUUACAACGAACAUGAAGUGGGACAGGCCAUCCGGGAGAAGAUCUCUGAAGGAAAGGUCAAGCGUGAAGACAUCUUUUAUUGUGGCAAGGUAAGAAAUCCUAAUUAUUGGUGAGGGUGGGGAGUGUCAGGAACACAUGUCGUUGGCCUUAACCUGCAUUUUGUUUUCUUCAAGUCAAAGGUGAAAUGUGGGAGGUUUUGGCAGGUAAGGAAUCAAAGGAAAAUUGUGUGUGGUGCAAGCAGCAUUGGAAGGAGCUACAAGCCACUCUCUCCAACUAUCCCGAAAUUCCUGGGACAGUCCCGAAAAUCCUUUAGCCAUCCCGGCUUCUCACGGUGUCACGGACAGUCCCGAUCUCCUAAGAAAACCUCUCCUUGCUCUCUGUGCCAUCAUUAAUUAUUUGCUUGGCUGAUGGACUGGUGUCAAGGGUCAUUUCUCACAAAUGCUUUAUAUGUAGCUUUAAAAAGAAUAUAUAUAUAUAAAUUUACUGUCUCCACCCCUCAAGAAAGAUAUUGUCAUGAUAUGAGAAGCCUUUCUUCAGAUUCUGCUCUUCAGCAACUUAACGUCUUUGCCAUUGGCCUUGACAAGUUUCCUCUUAAAAUUUCCAUAUUGAAAAUUACAAUAAUAUAAAACAAUAUACGUAAUAAUAAUAAAAAAUCCCAGUGCAAUCAAAGAUAAUAGACCCACUUAGGAUUUUAAAGAAUCUCCUGGUCUCACUACACUGAUCCUUUCCUCUUUUUUUGCUACACAGAAUUUCCUUGUUGUUAAAGCGCACAGAGCUGUUCCGUAGGUCACAGAAGAGUACACAUUUCCUAAUAAAAAUACUAAGUUCUUGUUUGGAAGAGUUGGUUAAUUGGUUAACAGCCUGCCCUCUGCUCCAAACCUUGAGGGGAAGGGCAGGCUGCUGGCAGAGCAGCACCCCCCACCCCCAUUCAGCAGCCCAGGAGUGCGGGGCAUGGGCGCACAGCCUUCCCGUUGCUCCAAAGCUUCCCGGGGCUGCAGGGGGAAGCUGAGGCUGCCGGCAGACAAGCGCGGCUCCACCACCACCACGAAAGAGCAGUCCAAGAGCGUGCCACACUCCGGCAAUUUGACUCCAGGGACCACACAUUCGCUCCAUAGGAUGCAGAGACAUUUCCCCUUACUUUUUAAGAAUAAAAAAGUGUGUCCUAUGGAGCAAAAAAUACGGUAUUUCCUAAGUACCUUUGCCUCAGCAUAUCAUAGAAGAAGCAUUUCAGCAAAUAAUGUUAUGGUUCAAAUUACAUGUACAGAUGAUGAGAUUAGACAAAUUCAUGGAGGAUAAGGCUAUUCUAUCUCCACAGUCAGAAAUGGCACGGAUACCUGUUAAGCCAUUGGGAUGUCCCAGCUCCUGCCCCCAAAACAUGCAAGCAGAGGCUCUUACUUGUAAGUAAGAUAGAGAUAUUUCUUGGGGCAAAUAAUGAAACAGAUUCAGGAGCAGACAAAAGGCUUAGAAGUCAUGAUUCAAGAAUUCAAGAGAAGGGCAAGAGGUUCAGAACUGGACAGAAGCAACAGAGAUGUCCAACUUGACACACCCCAUCUGCCAAGCUUUUAAAGACAAGGUGUAGCAUGCUCACCUGCGAGACUUGCUCACCGUGGGGGAAUGUUGAGACUAUACUAUUUAUAGUUUUGUACACACAUAACUUAGAGGCUUCAACAUAUGCACACACUUUCAUCCUCCAUCUAUUUAUUAUUAUUAUUAAAUUUGUAUAUUGCCCUUCAUCCAUAGAUUUCGGAGUCGUUCACAACAACAAAAUAAUAAUAUAUAAAAUAUAAAAAUAUAAAAAAGACAAAAAAAAUGUAAGCAUCUAGGUAAGCAAGAGGCAUGAUCACAGUUCAAUGACAUAUUCCAGCCAGGCAAAUGCACUCAGGUAGGGCACAGAAGAAGGGGAAGAAAUGGAGGCAGUGAGAGAUUUUACUUUAUUGGGCUCCAUGAUCACUACAGAUGGUGACAGCAGUCACAAAAUUAAAAGACGCCUGCUCCUUAGGAGAAAGGCGAUGGCAGACCUAGACAGCAUCUUAAAAAGCAGAGACAUCACUUUGCCAACAAAGGUCCGUAUAGUUAAAGCUAUGGUUUUCCCAGUAGUGAUGUAUGGAAGUGAGAGCUGGACCAUAAAGAAGGCUGAUCGCCGAAGAAUUGAUGCUUUUGAAUUAUGGUGCUGGAGGAGACUCUUGAGAGUCCCAUGGACUGCAAGAAGAUCAAACCUAUCCAUUCUGAAGGAAAUCAGCCCUGAGUGCUCACUGGAAGGACAGAUCCUGAAGCUGAGGCUCCAAUACUUUGGCCACCUCAUGAGAAGAGAAGACUCCCUGGAAAAGACCCUGAUGUUGGGAAAGAUUGAGGGCACAAGGAGAAGGGGACGACAGAGGACGAGAUGGUUGGACAGUGUUCUCGAAGCUACCAGCAUGAUUUUGACCAAACUGCGGGAGGCAGUGGAAGACAGGAGUGCUCUGGUCCAUGGGGUCACGAAGAGUCAGACACGACUAAACAACAACAACAACAACAGGGCACAGAACAGGGACAGUGAGGAGCAUGGCAUGGGAACAGCCCCCAGGCCCAGAGAGAAAGGAAUGGAGGGCUACAUUUGGACCCCAAGCCUAACAUUUUCGACUUCUUAUUUAAGGCCAACUCCACAAGGUCCUCUAGCAAAAAGACCCUGUGUGGCUGAACAGUGAAGGGCAGAGGUUUUCAACCUUUUUGAGUCCACAGUUCCCUUGACCAACUACAUUCUUUCUGUGGCACCCCUGUGGGGCUCAGGAGCCCAGUUAUGUCACCCCUUGCCUGCAGAGCUGGCAGCCUCUCACCCUUUUUUUAACACCCUCCCUUGUGUAGAGGAGGGAGAAAGGUUGUUUUCUGCUGCUCCAGAGAAGCGGACACGGAGCAAUGGAUCCAAACUACAAGAAAGAAGAUUCCACCUAAACAUUAGGAAGAACUUCCUGACAGUAAGAGCUGUUCGACAGUGGAAUUUGCUGCCAAGGAGUGUGGUGGAGUCUCCUUCCUUGGAGGUCUUUAAGCAGAGGCUUGACAACCAUAUGUCAGGAGUGCUCUGAUGGUGUUUCCUGCUAGGCAGGGGGUUGGACUCGAUGGCCCUUGUGGUCUCUUCCAACUCUAUGAUUCUAUGAUUCUAUGAUUCUAACCUCAGCCUCUUCUCCUCUACCCUCUCAUUGGGAGUCCUCCAGGCAGCUACUGCUGCCACCCCCAGUCUCUGAGCUGACCCCUCUGCCCCAAAGAGAGGUACCUCUCAGAGGACCAUUCGCCUGUGGAGCUUAUAGCCAGGGGUGCUGCAAUAAACAUCUGUACAAGCCUUUGGGAGGCAGAGACACGAGAAGAGAAGAAGAGUUUCGGAUUUGAUAUCCCGCUUUAUCACUACCCGAAGGAGUCUCAAAGCCGCUAACAUUCUCCUUUCCCUUCCUCCCCCACAACAAACACUCUGUGAGGUGAGUGGGGCUGAGAGGCUUCAGAGAAGUGUGACUGGCCCAAGGUCACCCAGCAGCUGCACGUGGAGGAGUGGGGAAGCGAACCCGGUUCACUGGAUUACGAGUCCACCACUCUUAACCACUACACCACACUGGCUCUCCUACAAGCCUACUGCUAUCUAAAUAGAACUGUUUGGUUUUCUGUAUUCUUGCCAGUGUAUCGUAAACAAAGAUGUUGCAAAAGUGCCAUUUCCUCUGUUGCACAUCUGUCCUUCCCUCACCCCUUUGCCUAACCCAGCAAUGUUUUUGAAUGUUUCCUGGCUCUCUCUUACAAGUUCACCAUUAGUUAUGCACCAGGUUGCGCCCAAGCAUCCAUCUGGAUGGGAAGCAAAAAACAACUGGAUGGGAGGAAAAAGGGACAGAGGCCGGUGUUGCCUGUGGUACCCCUGGCCAUCAUUCAAGGUACCCUAGGCUUCCACGGCACGCUGGUUGAAAACCACUGGUUAAGAGCAUUGCUAAAGCCUUGUCUCUAUUAUCUCCACUGCUGUUUACUAACCUAAAGGGAAUAUUCCAGCUGUUCCUGUUUCAUGCUACUUUUUAUUUUUUAAAUUCAGACCUAUGACAAUGCAGUUUGGGAGGCGAGCUGCAGAGUAGGAAAAGUGGGGUGGGGAGGCUCCCUAAGAAUCCCAAGGACUUCUGAAAGGGAAGAAUGGUUGGUAUAAAUGUGGUUCCAAUUACCCUUGAGAUUGCCACAUUAAGCAACUGACUUUCAGGGAGGGAAGGGCUGAAAAUAAAAGCCAGAAUCCCUUAGGCUGAGGCUCUGUCUCUGAAGCUGCUAAUUGAUCUGUGUCAGACUGCAGGAAAUGGCUAAUUUCUUGUGUCUAAGUCUUGAUUUUUAUAUUUUUUAAAAGGAAGAGGAGGCCGCUGAAAUCUAGACAGCAAUCUUUAAGCAUUAAUCUCCAGUCAAGUAAACCUCUUGAAUGAUGGAGAAGUUGGUCUCAAAGCCACCGAUGAAGUGUUAUUUCACAAUUCCUGAGUGGCUGGUUGGUGCCUAAUGAGAAAGAGAGAGCUAUAGAAUUCCUAACAUGAGAAAACGGUCAAAAACUGUCCAAGUCACAAUGUGGCUACAUUUUUAUAUGACCGUGUGGUUGUAAUGGUCAGAGAGCUGGACUAGGAGACCAGGGUUCAAAUCUCCACUCAGCCAUGAAGCACACAGGAAUGACCUUAGGCUACCUAACCCUAACCCUAACCCUAACCUAACCCUGAGCCUACCUCAAAGGGUUGUUGUGAGAUUAAAAUCGGAAGCGGAGAAGAACAGUGUAUGCAGCCUUGAGCUCCUUAGAGGAAAGGUGGGAUAGAAAUGUCAUAAUAAAUAACAAUAAAUAGAUGAUAAGAAGCAUGACAUUUAAAUAGGGCAUCCGGAUUGACCACUGGGUCCACCGAAUGCUGCUAGCCAGCUGAGAGUAACAAAUCUUGCAUAUUCUUCACGCUGGUAAGAUUGCCUUAGUUCAUCUGAGACCUUGCAGACCAGGCAUAGGGAAACUUGGCCCUCCAGAUGUUUUGAGACUACAAUUCCCAUCAUCCCUGGCCACUGGUCCUGUUAGCUAGGGAUGAUGGGAGUUGUAGUCCCAAAACAUCUGGAGGGCCGAGUUUGCCUAUGCCUGUUGCGCAGACCAUUCUGCUUGCCAGAUUCCAGAAUCUAGGCAGAGAGAGAUAUUUCUGCCCAUUGGGGCAUAAGCCAUGAGGCACAGUUCUUGAUGAAAAUUUGCUUUCAUUCUGCUCCAUAGAUACUGUGGGGCAAUCGUCUUCACUGCAGCUGCAGAUUCCCCACCAAAGUGACACAAGUAUCAACUGUAGAGUUGCCUAACUCGGCAGCAUUUGGAAACUUGUACAGGAAACGAAAGGAUUGUCACAAAAUAUCUAGCACCACCAUUAACAGCUGCAAGCACUGUCAUAACAAAACACUGGAAAGUCCUGCAAAAUAAUAAAAUCUUACUGUAAUGGGUCCCUUAUCAGGGACCUUAUUAGAUCCCUUAUCAGAUCAUACAAGAAAAAUCUUGAGUUUAAAAAACUGGUAGAGAAUUUUCCUUGAGAUACCAUUGGCUAUGCCCACAUGAUACAUUAAAAAACCCCACCUUAUAUCAUCUCAACAUUCAUGGAGAAUCCUGGGAACUGAACUUUGUUAAAAGUGCUGGAAAUUUUAGCUCUGUGAGGUCAGCGCUCUAUAGUAUGUUAAGUCAGAAAGUGGGGUAAGAGUGCUUUAAAUGCAUUGUGUGGAUGUGGAAAGGGAUAUAUUAAGUUGCUGAUUAUUGGUCUAAUACAGUGGAACCUUGGCUCUCGAACUUAAUCCAUUUGACUCCCGAAAUGUUAGAAAACCAAGGCAUGGCUUCUGAUUGGCGCAGGCACCCCGGAAACAAUAGCCGACAGCCGCAUCGGACGUUCGGCUUCCGGAAAAUGUUCGAAAACCGGAUCACUUACUUCCAGAUUUUUGGCAUUUGGGAGCCGAUUUGUUUGUCAACUGAGCCAUUCGAGAACCAAGGUUCCACUGUACAAUCUAUUAUAAGUGACAAGUGUGUUGGUUUGUUGGAAUAUUUCUAGAUAAUAUGAUUGUUCCUUUUCCUUCUGCAUAAUUACGAUUGUUACCAUCUAUUUAUGGAAGCGUUUUGUUUAGAAUUCUUAGGUUUUGAUGAUAAGCAGGACAAAGGGCACUUUAAUAAUCCAGUUCUAACUAUCUUUACUCAAAACAGCUAGAUCUCUGAAAUCUGUAGAAAUUCUAAAGCAGCUUUCAAUAAUGCCUUGCCCUCCAGAAGGUUUGGACUCCAGCUCCCAUCACCCUCACUCAGUUGGGCCAGUGGCUGAGGAUGAAGGGAGUUGUAGUCCAACAACAUCUGCAGUGUGGCAGCUUGAAGAAGGUUGAGCUGAAGUUUGGCAACUGACUCAUCAGAAAUUAUUCCAAACUCGCAAGUGCCAGGAUAAUUGUGCACAAUCAAAAAUUAUUUGCUGACUGAAAGCAGCGGCAUCUGUAUUCUGGCACAGUUCUCAAAGCAAAGCAUUAUUUUAUUUUAUUUUAUUGCAUGCAAAGAACUUGAAGGUCCAACCCCCACCUCACCCCCCAUGUUCCUACACUGCCAGAAAUUUUGGUUGUUUGGCUGCUCCUCCCCACCCCCACCCCAAUAGUUCUUCUAUUUCAUUAAGUUGAAAGCAAUGUUUGCAGAGAAAGUGAUGUCCUGGGACAAAAGUAUAAUUUGGCAGGUACCUGGUGCUCUCACUUAUUGACACAUGACUGCUAUGUGCACUGAGAAGAUCCUCUUGAACACAAAUAGUAACAAAAGAGUUGGGAAGAGAGAAGACCCAUUAUGAAACAAGAAGCUAAUAUUUACAAUGCAAAGAAUAACCCAGAGUUCAUAGCCUUUCCUAGAAAGGGUUUUUGUUUUUGUUUUCUGGAGCUGCUAUUCAUGCACACUUUGAAAAUGAUCAAAUGAAGCCAAGAACUGGGUCCUAUUCCUGCAGCAGAACCAUAUCCAUAACUCCUCAGAAGUAAGCCUCAUUUAGUUAGAUGGGAUUUACUCUCAGGUAACUGGGUGUAGGAUUGCAGCAGUACAGUUUACUUCUGUUGAAGUGGCUACUUCUGGACUGCCAUGAAAGAAGAACAAAGAGUUUUGUGGCACCAUAAAGGCUAACAAUUUACUAUGGCAAACACUCUCGUGACCUAAAAUUCCUUUUGCUAGAUACAUCAGUGUUGGGAUUUAGUUUGGCCCAGCAGGUCUAAUUUUGGCUAUGAGGCAAUUAUCUCCAGAGCUGUCCCUUCAUAUAUGAGAUCACGCAGAUAAAGUCAUGGGUUCAAAGGAACAAUCAGGAUACUUAACGUGUGCUCUCCAAUUGGGAACUCCCAAGUGCAGCCAAUCCUUGCCAAGAGCAGGCAGUCACCAUGGAUAGCUGACAUUAAGCCAUCUUUCAGCAGGGAUCCUGAGCUCAAGCAAAGGAAAAAUGGAUCAUCUGACUUCAAGCACUCCUUACUGCUGUUGCAAUUAUUGUUCAUGGAGAAUUCCAUGAAAGAAUGGUUUUUGUUGUAACCUUGCUAUUUAUAAUUGUUCUCUUGCGGUGAAGGUUCUAUCGCAUUUAUUUAUGUUUUCUUCCUCUUCUCCCUCAAGCUGUGGAACACAUGCCACCCCCCAGAGCUGGUGCGUCCAACUCUGGAGAAGACAUUGAAGACCUUGCAGCUUGACUACGUUGAUCUCUACAUUAUUGAGCUGCCGAUGGCUUUUAAGGUAAAGAGAAAAGUUGUGUUAGAGCUCCUCCUAGUGUGUUAGUGUGUUCCAGUCUGAACUAGGAAGAAUACCUGGAGUAAACUUCACAUUUACAGGUAGAAAGGCCACUGCCUCACCACCCAAAAUGCAUCUCUCUCUCUCUCUCACUCACACACACACACACACACACACACACACACGGAGGCAGAUUUGCAUAUAGGGUAAGUUGCACACACUAAUUUAUAAAAACAUAAAUUUGCCAUGAAUUUUUUAAUUGGCCAAGCAAAGCGAGACCUUUGGUUUAACGACUUGCUCAUUCAACAUUCUGUCUGUAGUGUUGGCAAGCAAGGACUGGAGACAUACAGCUUCUGUGUAGAAUAUGCAUUCCUUGCAAACAUACAAGCAGGGUAUGAGGGGAGGCAAACAGGAAUUCCUUUAGGCAGAUGAUUCUUUGAUGUUUGUACCCUCAGAUCUUGACAACUCCGUGGAAUUUUUUCCAGUCCUUUUCCUCUCCUCCCGCAAAUCCCACAACGCUCCAACAGUCAUUUCUAAGGGCCGAGCUACACAUUACUAAAUUUGCUCUUUUUAAAAAGCAGGCUUCAUGCUGACACUUUUCUUUUCAUAGAAAAUCCCAGUUCAAUGCCCUACACCCAGUGCAGAUCAGGGUGUGUGUUGGUUUCCUGCUGAAAAUCACCUCCCUGGCUGCUAUGUAGUAAACAACCAGGUGUAUGUGUGUAGGUGGGAUAACAGAGAAACCAGCAUGCUUGUACAUGGGUUCAGAGCAAUGUGUGAAUGAGCAUAGAAAGGCAUGCAGGCAUUGGCUGCUGGCCAGAAAAAGGAUGUUGCUGUUAUUAUUAUUUUGUGUGUGUGCUGUUUUAAUGUAUUGUAUUGUAAAUUGCUUUGGAUAUAAUUUUGAUCAAAAGGCAGAGUGUAACUUGUUAAAAUAAAUCAGAUGUCACUUGAAGCCCAAGCCCCGUCUUGGGAAUCAAGGAAGCAAACUUGCAAAAGGUAGUUUGUUUUGUAAUGUGAGAUCUCUGAAGACCACUGGAAUUUCAGAAUGAAAUUUGGUACAUGUGUUCAAGCAAUAGAGGUACAUUUCACCUUCAGAUGACAAAGCCCAGCCUCCAUGUCCAUUUUCUGUUAACCUAAGUACACAUUUCUUCUUAUAUGUGCUUUCUUUCCAAUUUAAUCAUAGAAUCAUAGAAUCAUAGAGCUGGAAGAGACCACAAGGGCCAUCGAGUCCAACCCCCUGCCAAGCAGGAAACACCAUCAGAGCACUCCUGACAUAUGGUUGUCAAGCCUCUGCUUAAAGACCUCCAAAGAAGGAGACUCCACCACACUCCUUGGCAGCAAAUUCCACUGUCGAACAGCUCUUACUGUCAGGAAGUUCUUCCUAAUGUUUAGGUGGAAUCUUCUUUCUUGUAGUUUGGAUCCAUUGCUCCGUGUCCGCUUCUCUGGAGCAGCAGAAAACAACCUUUCUCCCUCCUCUAUGUGACAUCCUUUUAAUCACUUACCACCUGCUUCUACACAUACUUUUCUGUCUUUCCAAGGUACCCACUGCCUCUCCCCUGGAAAGUAAAAAAACAGAAUACUUAUGCAUUGUGGAUUUCUCUUCCACAAACAUAUUUUUGUGUGUGCUUUUCCCCUCAGCCUGGAGAGCGCUUCUACCCAAAGGAUGAAAAUGGGAAAUGGAUGUACCAUGAGACAGACCUAUGUGCCACUUGGGAGGUGAGUAGAUCUGAAGCUGCCGUGGGACCAUCAUCUUUGCAUCUCCUAAGGCCAGGUGUGGGCAGACUUCACGCCCCUUCCUCCAUCAGAGAUCCUGGCCAGCUUAGCUGGUUACCUUUAUCUUCAUUUUUCUGGCCUGAGGCUGCUGAACAAUGUCGAGUAGGUCUGGAUUUUGACACUGCUGUACUUCCUCACAGUGCUCCCAAGCUAGCUUUGCUUUGGAGAAUUGUGGCUCCAUGAAGACUACCUCAGAUUUAGGGCCUUAUCUCCCCUCUCUCAUCUGACCUUCCCUUCAACACUCUAUCUCACUGUUCUGCCUAUUAGUUUUUUCCUUCUUCCUUUCCCCCUUUCCCUUUUCUGCUGUGGAGGUAAAUCACUUCCUAGUCUUUCCUUAUUUAAGUUCUUGAUCAAAGGCUAUUUCUUCAGCAAAGUCUGCCCCCUGCAGAAGCUUCUUGGCCUUCUCCUGUCCUCCUCUACAUCCUGGCUCUUUCCUCACUUAGUUGCUACUGAGUCCCCUACCUCCUUCCCUCCCUCCUUGGGGAAUUGCUAUAAAUCUUUGACUCGGCUGCCUUCCCACAGUUUUGCCUGCUUUAUCCCAACAGGCUUUGGAAGCAUGUAAAGACGCAGGGCUAAUGAAGUCCAUUGGGGUGUCCAACUUCAACCGUAGGCAGCUGGAGAUGAUCCUCAACAAACCGGGACUCAAGCACAAGCCUGUCAGCAACCAGGUAAUGGAGAUGUGCAGGUGAUGCAGUGACAUGAGCAUGCAUCUUGUUGCUUUCACAUCAUCUGACAUGCACUGUAUGCCUUUGGUACUUGGGUGACGUAUCAGAGUACCAAAGCAUCUUGUAUGGACCAUUCUUAUGAUCUUGCAGCUGCGCCAUGACGGCUGUGCUCUGCUUCCAGAGUCAGAGGCAGUAAUGCUCCUGAAUACCAGCCACUGCAAACCAGAGGAGGAGAGUGUGCUUUUAUGCUCAGGUCCUGCUUUCAGGUUUCCCACAGGCAUCUGGUUGGGCAUUGUGAGGACAGGAGGCUGGACCAGAUGGGCCAGGCUCUUCAUAUGGUCUUAUGCUGAGGGAACUACCCAGUGGUGAGCAUAUUCAUGGCUUCAGAUGGCUGAGUGUAUGAGUGGUUAAGUAAUUUCAGACAUGGUGCAUAAUGAUCUUAAACCUGCCCCACUUCAGAUCAUAAAGAUGCAAGGCCAGUAUCAGAUUGUUGUUGGGCCCUUUGGGCAACAAGAGUAGCAUUGGGCUCACGUUCAGCACCUCUCCUUCCUCCUAUAAUCAUAUCCCCCCACCAAAAAAACCUAAAAUACAUCUUACCCAAGAGUUCUUCCCCCUCUCUCACAAAUGCACUCAUGUCUCUUCUUCCACUCAUCUUUCUCUACCUAAAUAUGUUGCAUGUCUUAUCCAAUUCUACAAUUAUAUGACUCUAUGAGAGCCCACCUAGUAUAGCAUCUUGUUCUCACAAUCAGAUCCCUAUGGGAAGCUCACAAAUAGGAUCUGAGUGUGGCAGCCUUCAGCCCACCUUUGAUUCCCACUUGUGGCACGGUAGACCUUCAUUCAUUCAGACACCCUUACUUAUUUUUCUCUCCCCACCCCCACUCAUUUUACACCAAAUCCAUAUCACAGAAAUCAUGCACCUCCAGUCCUCUCUCUCCCCUUCCCCACAAACUAUGUAUUCCCUAACUUGUCCCUAUAUUCAUCAGUGAAAAUAUUUGACAUGCCAUUACAAUAAUAAGGAUAACAUGAUGACUGAUAUUGUGAAUUGCCAUCAGCUCUUUGGAAAAGAUCGGAGGAAGGAAAGAGGCUAGAAGGAUGAUCAUAAUUUUUAAAUCUCAGUUCAUUUUCCAUGGACUCAUAAACUGCAGUGAGGCAAUCCUAUAUGACGCUUAGCCUAACCUGUCUGUUUCGAGCACAAAAACACAAUAUCUUUAUGUGGGUGAAAGAAAUGAGAAGAGCAACUACUUGGUAACUGCAUGAAGGGAGAAGAUAUGGGGGAAAUGAGAGCUAAAAGACCUGAACUGGCUGGCACAAGAGUGAAAACUGCAGGCAGCAACAGGGCUAUGUGUCAAUCAGCCGGUCUCUAGGACAGGGGUGGCUAACCUGAGGGCUGCACUCAAGGUUGGUCAAUCCACCAAGUACCAAAUGUCAACAGUGGUCAUAGCCAAUCAUGGAUGGACUUCCCCAACUACAUGUUUACCACUGUGUAUACAAACUCACCCAGCCAACGUACCGAGAGUCACUGUGACCAGGUGACCUGCUCAGUUUGCCUCUGAGGUGCUCUCUAUGGAUGGGCAACUUCCAGGCCCAUCCUGUUCUCCCAUCUUAGUGAUCUUUUUCUUUAAACUGGACUUGAAUUGGAGAUCCCUCUAAGCAGAAGACACCUUAAAAUGGAGGACAGUAAAUCAUUGCAGCCCACUCCUUUGCACAUUUGGCUCCAUUUCUUGUUGAAUAAGAACUGUACACGAGACAUUCUGGAGCUACAAAAGCUGUGUCAUCAAAAAAAGCAGAUUGUGGAUCCGAUUAUAAAAGAAUAAUCUAGGAGACAAUGGAUUUCUGAGCACUCUGCACUUUUUUGACAAAACCCACUGAGAGAAUGAGAGAGAGGGCUGGAACACAGUUUUCUUGGCAACUGGAUGAGGUCAGUGUGUUCCACCAACAUAAGCUUACAGUUGAAUAAGCUAGCCUUAUUGAAGCCUUUUCUCAUCCCCACUUCCAGAGGCUCCAGUUUGAGCAAAGGAGGAUUCACAUGGGCUAGAAGCUGUGCUUUACUGGGACCAGCCUUGCAAUAAACUUCACAAACAAUAAAUCAGUCCUGGGAUAAAUUGGGACCGCUCCAUGGAAUAGAUACUUUUAAAUCUAUGAAACAUUGGCCCAUGUAGAUGGUUCCCGGGGUCAACAAAAGUUUGCAGAACCCUGAGAGAAGCCAGUUUUCUCCCUCCUUCCUUAGAAUUUUAUCCCCAAACCUUUCACAGCUUUAUAAUGGGACUGUAUUUGUGGCAAAGAUAUAAGGCAGGGAUUGGGGACCUCUGACCCUCCAGAUGUUGUGGAACUACAACUCCCAUCAUCCCUGAUCGGUGGUCAUGCUUGUUGGCCAUUAUGACCGUUAAUCGGGGAUGAUGGGAGUUGUAGCCCCACAACACCUGGAGGGCCAGAGGUUCCCCGUCCUUGCUAUAGCAGGAUGGCUUCAUCAUACAGCAUGGUGAGCUCUAGUCAAGAGUUUAGUUAUCCAGGCAGGUUGAAAUGGUUGUGUGGAAAUGAGGGGAGAAGGGCCUGUUUCGCCUCCAGCAGUUUUCCCCACUGAAAAUCAUUCCCCGGGGGGAAUUACAGGCAUUUACAUGUUGACUUUGUGAACAAGGUUUCUUGAUGGGACAUUUUGUCAUUAACCCAGCCUUCUGCAUUCUGUCUCUGCAGAUUGAAUGCCACCCAUAUUUCACCCAGCCCAAACUUUUAGAAUUUUGCAAACAACAUGACAUUGUCCUUGUCGGAUACAGCCCUCUAGGAACAUCAAGAGAUGAAAGCUGGUGAGUGAGAUGUUGUGUUUAGGAAUAUUAGAGCAGGGGUGGGGGACUUAUAGACCUCCAGAUGUGGUUGGACUCCAACUCCCAUCAGACCCAGCCACCAUGAUCGGUGGUCAGGGAUGAUGGGAAUUGUUGCUGGAGACAACUUCACCUUCUUUCCUCUGCUGCAGGGUCCACAUUGUUCUCUUGCUGCUCCAUCUGUUGCUAAAUUGGUUUGAAAUCUGUAAGCAUGGUCCUCACCUGGUCCAAAGAUCAUCAGUAUGCUACUCUCACACUGCCUGCAUAGGCAAGGCGACCCACUUUAAAAACCAGCUGUAUUGCACUCAUAUUGCCUGCGGAUGCAUUCAGCAGGGUGGUUUUCAAAACCAUGUAACAACUUGAUUUGGUCUUGCUUCAGUCCCUUCACACCCCCAUUACCGUAUUUUUCGCUCUAUAACACGCACCCGACCAUAACACGCACAUAGUUUUUAGAGGAGGAAAACAAGAAAAAAAAUAUUCCAAAUGAAACAGUGGAUGUAUGAUUUUUGUGGUUCAUGCUGUGGCCAAAGACAUGUGAUCUGACGGUGAGUUUGGGGUAGCCCAAUGCAAAAAUCCUGAGGAUCCAUGUGGAUCCGUGCUUUGUAACCACGUUUUAAGUGGGGAGGGAAGGAAAAGCACUCAAGGGACAAGGAACACGCGUGGGGUGGGUAGAGAAGGAUGCUGUUAAUAAUGCAGAAGAGGGGUAUAAGAGGAGAAGGCUCCUCUCCUCUCCCGCUUUGCUCCUUUAAAACAAGCAGGCUCUGCUUCUCUCCCUCCUCCCCGGCUUAGAGAGCUGAAAAGCUUUGCUGCUAUUUAGCGAGCUGAGUGGGGAGGAGAGAGGGACAGAGAGCACAGUUUAAAGCAGCCAACCAGACAGGAGCCGCUUACACACUUAUUUCAAAGUGAGCCACGGAGGAGGGAAGGAAGGGGAACCAUGGAUCCUCUGCUCACGACUGCAGCAGAUCCCCCCGCCACCUGUAGGCAUUCGCUCCAUAACAUGCACAGACAUUUCCUCUUACUUUCUAGGAGGAAAAAAGUGAGUGUUAUGGUGCAAAAAAUACGGCAAUUCUUCUUCUGCCACCAGACUGCCAUGUAAGGCAAAUCUAGGCUUAUUUCCUUUCCUUUCCUACAACAAGGGUGAAUGUGUCUUCCCCUCCGCUGCUGGAGGACCCUGUGUUAAAGGCCAUUGGAGAAAAAUACAACAAGACGGCGGCCCAAGUGGCGCUCCGCUUCAAUAUCCAGCGAGGGGUGGUGGUCAUCCCUAAGAGCUUCACCGCAGAGCGCAUUAGAGAGAACUUCCAGGUAAGCUUUCAAAAAAGCCUGCUCUGUGUGACAAAUCACCUGCUGUUCUUUCUCCCCACCUCACUAGAAGGUAGCAAAGCCCACUAGCCUUGCAACUUCCGAAAGGGUCUUUGACAACAAGGCAGAAAUAGCACUCCAUGUCUGCAGUCUUCAACCAGUUCAAUUCUACCCCCCCCCCCAUUUUUUAAAAACAACUUCCACCGUUACAAAAACAAAACCAAUACAUUAAUUGUCAACUUCCGUUUUCUUCAACUUUUUCAAACCAGGGACCUGCCUUUAGCCCAGCCAUGUGCUUGGGACCCACUUUCGGUUGUUGUUUUUUUACUUUGAUGAUAGUAUUGCCGUUGGCAUAUAAUCUUGGCCCAGGAUACAACCCAGCAGUGGAUCUUAGCCCACUUCUUGAAUACCAGUGAACACUGGAGGGACCACAGAUGGCUUUUCUCCUUUGGGUGAUUCUCCCUCUGGUCCUGGGGCACUCCAUAAUGCCUUCUUCCACAUGCUGCGGCCCUCGGUGGAGUUGUACCUGCCUUUAUUCCAAAAUAAUAAGGAUCUGAGGAUCUGAAUCUACAGCAAGCCCACCACUCUGGCGUAGGGAACAGAGUGGUUGGCUUGCUGUAGAUUCAGAUCUUUUCUUGGGAUUGAAGCUCACUGGCUGAAAUCGGGUCAGUCACAAACUCGCAGUCUAACCUACCUUGCAGGGUACUUGUGAACUGGACUAGAUGAUCCCUAUGCAAGUCAUCAAAUAUUGAGUGCCCAUGCAUGAAUUUGUCCUCCAUUCUGGUUAGUUAAGGAAUUUACCUUAUACUGAAUCAGACCAUUGGCUCACCUGAAUCAGUAUUGUCUGCAUUGACUGGAAGCGCCUCUCCAGGAUUUAAGGCAUUCCCAGCCAUACCUGGAGAUGCUGGGGAUUGAACCUGGAACCUUCUGCACGCAAAGCAGAUGCUCUGCCACUGAGCUAUGGCCCUUAUGGCUGCUCUCAUUCCACCACAAACUUUACUAUCAUGUGCUGCUCGUGUGAUCCUUUUGCAGGGGCUGCGAGAAUGAGGGUGUGCCUGCCGUCCAGCAUCCAUCACCUUUUAGGCCAGAGGCGAGGCUAAGGGCACAGCUCUCAAUUUAAAGCCCUAGGUCUGAGCACCCUUUGUUUUGCUCCACAAAAACAUGCUCUGUAAAGCUCAAUCAGAGCAAACGUCAAUCUGCAGAAAACCCAAAUUGACAGACAUGGAGCGCUAAAGUCCGGAACGAGCAGGGCAAAAGGUCAGUGUGGACAAGCCCACACUUAAGACACAGGCUUAGCCAUCAGUUGCAUAAAUGUAGGCUAAUGGGUGGUUUCUCGCUCUCUCUCUCUCUCUCUCUUUUGCCAAGAUCUUUGAUUUUUCCCUUACUGACAAAGAAAUGAAAGAGAUUGAAGCGCUGAACAAAAAUAUCCGCUACGUGGAGAUGUUAAUGUAAGUAUAAAUCUAGAUAUGCAGCAUGUAGAAGCAUGAGUUGUACUGAUGUGAUAACCGCAGCUUAACUGUGGGCUGGGGCCUUUCCUGAUGUUUUCAGUGCAGGACCCAAAAACCCACUCUACGGAAGGAGGGAGGGCCUCUUUGGCUUUGGAUAAGAUUUUCCCUUUGAUAGGCUGCUUCUCACACAUGCAUGACUUCCACUCUCUCUCUCUCUCAGUCCCUGCAAAGGUGGUUUUAGGUGGCACUGCACUACAGGCGGUGCCAAAACAUUCUGCAGAAUGAAGGAUUUUGCAUUGCAUAAGGCACCACUGAAAGUUGACGGUCCCUGGCCCUAGAAAUAUCAACCAAUUGCUUUGGAUUCUUACAGGAAUGUGUUCCCUAUAACCCAGGGAUGGGGCACCUGCUACCUUCUAGGUGUCUCGGACUCCAAUUGUCAUCAGCCCUAUUCAACAUGGCCCAUUGGAGGAUGAUGGGAGUUGUAGUCCAACAUCUGGUAGGACUUAGGUUCCCCACCUGCCAUAAACCAUUCACCAGACAGUACUGGUAGCUUAGCUCCUUUAUGCUCUUAGGUCUGUCCAGACUAGCUGCAGCUGAUCUGUCUUCUUCAUUACAUGGAUUGGGAGCUCUUAAGUCAAAGCAUUGUCCUCCUGCACAAGACGAUGUGCUUCCUUGCCUUAAGUAAGCUGGGAAUCACAGCUAUGCUCCAGUUUGCUGGCAGAUCCCUAACAUGGCCAUUCUGUUGAUCCUGAAACUUGUGAACAUCCCUCAUGUGUUCUAGGAAAUGUGGAAAGUUGGUCACUUGCAAUGCAGCUUUAGGAGCCCAUGGUAUUGUAUUACAUUUGGCUAGCUCUUGCCCAAGGACUUGCACGACUGAAGUCUCCAGUGAAACGGCCUUGGCAAAACAAAUGCACCAGUAGAUGCCAGCUUUAACAUCAUCACUCCCAAGACUCCUGGAAGCCAGUCAGGACAUUAAUGUCCCCUUACAUAACCAAACCGAACUCAUCCAGGUUUGAGUCCCAGCAGUUCAAUUAGAGGGUGCAGCCAGGUUUGGAUGGGCUGCCUGCCAGUUCAUAGUGGAAGAGGGAGAAAGAGGCAACAGAAAUGAGAGCCAGAUAAGUUUAUCCUUUGCUGACUCAAGGAGUUGGGAUACAUGCAGGGUUUGGCUACACUUUGUACCACAUAUAGUCAGGGAAUCCUUAGUGAAAAUCAGAUGUUUGAUCUUAAUAACCCAAACUGACCCAUGUUUUCUCCAAAAGCCAAACACUUGUGCUUAAAAAACCUUCUCAGAUUCAAAGAUUGUGUCUUGAUAAGUAAAAUCAUCUUUUUACAUAUGAAUACUUACUCUAAUGGAUCCUUCAUAUUGCAGGUGGCCUGUUUGUACCAAGUUUUAAAGCAUACAUAUUAAGCACAGAUCACCUUUUCUGUUCAAAAUGGUGCAUUUAGUUCUGUGUGGGGACUUCUUUCUGGAGGCAACAAAUUGCCAUACUCUAGGGAUUUGAAAAUGUUCUCCACCUACCUUCCAGUUAAAAGAAAACAUUCCGGACUGCUUGCAACUAGGGUUGCCACCUUUGGUCAGCCAAAAUAAGGGACGAGUCCCACACUUUCCCUUAAAAUAAGGAACCACCCCAUAUUAUAAAGGACAGGUGGCAACCCUAAUUGCAAUACUUGAAGAAAUAACCCUUGAAAUACAGUGGUACCUCGGGUUACAGACGCUUCAGGUUACAGACUCCGCUAACCCAGAAAUAGUACCUCAGGUUAAGAACUUUGCUUCAGGAUGAGAACAGAAAUCGCGUGGCAGCAGGAGAGCCCAUUAGUGGUACCUCAGGUUAAGAACAGUUUCAGGUUAAGAACUGACCUCCGGAACAAAUUAAGUUCUUAACCCGAGGUACCACUGUACAUAAAAUAUGAUCACUUCAGAUGUUUUGGACGACAGCUCCCACAAUACUCUACCACAGACCACAGCUGUGACUGAUGGGAGUUCCCGCUCAAAACAUCUGGAAAGGUCAUCUAUUACCCCUGCAGUAGAUCAUACCAAUAGCAAGCCUGAGGUCAAGGUGGAGGGAUGUUGCUGUUGUGGUUAUUUAUGGUGUUAGCUGCCACUAUUAACUGUGACUUCAAUUUGUUUCAGGUGGCAGGACCAUCCAGAGUAUCCUUUUCACGAUGAAUACUGA